CACAAAAUCACCCCACGUUCACCAGUCCUCCGCGCCCCAAACCUCCCACCCACCCUUCUACACACACCUGGCAAUUCCGUACGAGCCAAACAUACACAGCGGGAUCGUGCGCAAUGUCUACAGUAUCGCGGAUAUGUCUCCGCUGUCGAAUACGAAUCCUCAGCCGGGGUCUCACCCCGCGGCCCAACCAGCUCGGUCUGCUUCCCCGGACAUCGGCACGCACGUACAGCAGCACCAAGGCCCCCGAGACCCCCGAGGAGCGUGCCCAAGCCGCGUCUGAUGCUGCCAAAUCGCUGGAGGAGGAGUUUCCGCUGGCGGAUCCAGUGAAGGUGAGGCUCGAAGGACGACUAAAGCCAGAGGGCCCACGGAAACAGGCUGUGUGGAGGACCACCAAGGGAAUUACGACGAAAGACGUUGAGGCGUUCUUGAGCAAGGUCAAGAAGAGCAAGAAGCAGAUCGAGGUCGAUGAGGCGUUCAUGCCUACCAUCAAGGAUGCGAGUAAGGUCGAUAGGACGUACGAAAUGCUGCUGUCUACCAAGCCGCCCCCAAGAAAGCCGAGGCCUCCGGUUUCCCUUACAGGACUGCCGCCGCCGCCGGAGGGACUGGAGCAGAAUCAAGUUUCCUCGCGCGACACACAGAGUUGAGCAGAUCAACAGUCGUGUCGGUAACAAGGACGUGGUGCUCCACGGCUACAUCAAGACGGUGCGGAGGGUGAGCAAGAAACUUGUGUUCUUGCAUCUCUACGAUUUCUUUACGGGCCCCAAUGUCACAAUUCAGCUGGUUUCGAGCAUCGAUGCAAAUACCUCCGAGGAGCGAAAGGAUAUGCACAACGCUCUGCUGAAGCUUCCGCCAUUCGUACCGGUGGCUAUUACCGGAACGAUCGUUAAAUCGGUUUCGCCACCUGCGCCAGACACGCUGUCACUCGGUGAGAGCAAGCAGUGGUCCGACUCGGCAGCGCAGGACAGGCCGGAGAUUCGUCUCGAUUCGCUGGUUCAACUCAAUUCGGUGUCUCCUGACCUUAUCUACACUCCCGAAACCGUGUUCCCGGCUGAGAAGCGACAUCUCCAGCUGCGCACCAUGCCAGAACUCGCUCGGGCCCUGAACAUGAGGAGUCGGGUGAACGAUGUAUGUCGCUCGGUGCUACGUAGGCACGGAUUCCUGGAGGUGGAAACUCCAUUGUUGUUUAAGUCUACACCGGAGGGCGCCCGGGAGUUUCUCGUUCCCGCUCGCAACAGAAGCCAGAGCGGCAGUGGGGGGAUGUGUUACGCUCUGCCGCAGUCACCUCAACAAUAUAAGCAGAUUCUCAUGGCUAGCGGCGUUGCUAGGUACUUCCAGGUCGCCAGGUGCUUCCGAGAUGAAGACCUGCGCGCGGAUAGGCAGCCCGAGUUUACGCAGCUCGAUCUCGAAAUGUCGUUUGCGCGCCAGGAGGAUGUCAUCGAGAUCAUGCAAAAACUUCUCAGAGAGCUGUGGUCGAAAGUACUGGGCGUUGAUAUUCCCUUCCAAUUCAAAAGGAUGACUUAUCGGGAUGCUAUGCGUUACUAUGGAACCGACAAACCUGAUCUGCGAUUCCAUAAGCUCAAGAUUCACAAAGUCUUCUUCGACGAAAACCAGGAAACCCGGUACCCCGGCGCCCAAACGUUUUACAUCCGUCGUGGUGACGCGCAAUUAGAAACUAUGAAGCGCAUUCACGAGGAGCUCGUGGCCGAGCACCAGGUAGCUGGCGGGCCAGACCGGUUCAUGUCCUACGUUGCCGGCGAAGACACGGCGAAUGGUGUUCCUGAGCACGGAUUAUCUGCUGCCGAGGUCGAGGCUAUCAACGAGGCCCUACAGCUCAAUGAGGGCGAUAUCGUCUUGCUGAAGAACCAUUUUAUACAUUACGCAGGCAGCGGCACGCGACUCGGCCAACUGCGAACAGCCCUGAUCAACAAAGCCAUUGCAGCUGAAGUCCUCAAGCCUCCGACCGGCUUCGAGUUCGUCUGGAUAACCGAAUUCCCGCUCUUCUCCCCAACCGACGACUCGGAACCCGGCCAAAGCGGCACCUCCGGCCUUGCGUCAACCCACCACCCCUUCACCGCCCCGCACGAAGAAGAUUUCGCCCUCCUCGGCACCGAACCGCAGCGAGUCCGCGCGGAACACUACGAUCUGGUCGUCAACGGCGUCGAACUGGGCGGUGGGUCGCGGCGUAUCCACGAUCCCGAGCUGCAGCGGUACAUCCUGGAGGAGAUCAUCAAGGUCCAUCCCGAUAAGAUCCACCAGUUCGAUCAUCUGCUCGAUGUCCUGGGCAGUGGAUGUCCGCCGCAUGCGGGGAUCGCGCUCGGCUUCGAUCGCUUGCUCGCUAUCAUGAUGGGUACCGAUAGUGUCAGGGAUGUUAUUGCGUUCCCGAAGAAUAAUAAGGGCAUCGACCCAUUGGUGAAGAGUCCGAGUUUAAUCACGGAUGCGGAGUUGGAGACGUAUGGCCUGCAGAAGAUGUAGUCCUGCAUCUGUGUAUUAUAUCUUCGAUUUUGAGGGGAAUAGGGUGCAUUUAGAGGGCUUAGAUAGAAUCGGUCAAAUGUACAUCUCUUGUUCAAUGCGUC